GGCGAACACAAAGCAAUUACUGUCACCUAUAAUCAUAUCUGUAUCCACACAGACACAUUCACAGUAUUGCAACAGGCUUUAAUCAGGAGAAACAACGCAGAAGUGACAAACAAGCGGAUAGACUGUCACAAUGGAGGAAUAUGAUGUUAUUGUGCUUGGAACCGGACUUAAGGAAUGUAUCCUUUCUGGUUUAAUGUCUCAAAGUGGGAAAAAGGUCCUUCACAUUGACAGGAAUCCUCACUCUGGAGGAGAGAGUGCAUCCAUUUCUCCCCUUGAGGAGCUGUACAAGAUGUUUGAGGUCCCAGGUUCUGCCAAGUCUAAAGGCCAUGGAAAAGAGUGGAACAUCGACCUUAUCCCCAAAUUUUUUCUUUCAAAUGGUGAGCUGGUCAAAAUCUUGGUGCACACAGAGGUUACUCGGUACAUGGACUUCAAAGUUGUUGAAGGCAGCUAUGUAUACAAAGCAGGCAAAGUGCACAAAGUCCCCUGCACAGAGGAAGAAGCUCAUGCUUCAGAUCUGAUGGGCAUGUUUGACAAGAGAAGGUUCAGGAAGCUGCUGCUCUUUGUGCUGAACUUUGACGUGAGAAACCCUCGGACCUACCAGGACGUGGAUCCUAACAAAAUGACCACGCGGGACCUCUUCUGCCGCUUUGACCUGGGAUUAGAUGUCAUGGAGUUCACAGGUCAUGCCAUAGCUUUACACCGCAGUGAGGGUUACCUGGACCAGCCGUGUGGGGAAACCAUCAGACGGAUCAAGCUGUACUCUGAAUCUCUGUCCCGCCACAACACCAGUCCAUACCUCUACCCUGUGUACGGGUUGCGUGAGCUACCACAGGGAUUUGCCAGACUGAAUGCAGAGUACGGAGGAACUUUCCUCUUGAACAGAGCAGUGGAUGAGCUUGUGAUGGACAACGGCAAAGUGAAAGCUGUAAAAUCUGAGGGGAAGCUUUUUCACUGUAAACAGCUUAUCUGCGACCCCAGCUAUGUUCCUAAUCGAGUGAGGAAAGUGGGGCGUGUGAUAAGAGUCAUCUGUUUAUUAAAUCACCCAGUUAAAAACACCCACGAGGCCAGCUCCUGUCAAAUCAUCAUCCCUCAAACGCAAAUCAACAGGAAAUCUGACAUUUACAUAUCCGUAGUGUCUCAUGCCCACAAUGUGGCCUCAGAAGGGAUGUACAUUGCCACAGUGAGCACGACUGCAGAAACCAGCGACCCAGAGAAAGAAGUUCAGCCAGGCCUGGAGCUUCUCGAGCCCAUCAUGCAAAAAUUUGUUAAAGUCAGCAAAGUGUUGGUUCCCAAUGAAGAUGGAAAAAAGAGUCAGAUAUUUGUGUCCUGCUCAUAUGAUGCAGUAAACCACUUUGAUGCUGACUGUGAGGACAUCAGAGACAUGUACCGCCGGAUCACGGGAACAGAGCUCUGUUUCGGAGGAUCAGAGAGACACCAGUCUCUUGACUCUGAUGAUGACUGAGAAUGACCAACAUCAGGACCAAAGAGUUCCAACAGCUGGGAGGCCAUAAUGACAUUAUGAAUGUUUAUAUUGCUACACAGCUGUAAAGCAGAGGGUGUGUUCUGUAGUACAUAGACUGACUUGUGAGUGCACUAAGUAAAUGUUGGAUGUCUAAUUUUUUUGCUAUAAUUAUACUAACCUUUUUUGAA